CAGACUGACCUUGACUGCAGAAUCACCCUGACCUGGGGUCUAAUAGUGUUCCUGAUAAGUAGUUGAUCUUCAGUGUGUAAUUAGUGGAUGAGUAAAUGGCUGAACCAGCUAAGUAAACAUUGCCUCAAAAGAUACAUGUCACUUGGAACAAAGAUGCUUCUUCAAAACAAUGUGUGUGGUCAAUAUAACCUUUUUAGGAUGCUUUCUGCAUUAAUCACAACAAAAAAGAAAAUGACCUUGUUUCAAAAGUUGACAUACCAGACACUUUGGCUUCCUAAGAAAAUGCAGAGACAUUAUCUCUUUUCUUUAUAUAUUGUCUAUCCCCCAAACAGCUAUCACCACUAGUAACACACACACACACACACACACACACACACACACACACACACGCACACAUCCUUCAUGCAUGAAAGAGAGUGGCUGCAGAACUAAUACUGUUAAGGAUAUUUGAUGUUUUUUCUCCGUUCUUCCUUUGAACUUUAAAGAUGUCAGGGAGUGAGAAGAAAGUAGAAGAGAGGAAAAUUGAGUAGAAAGAAGAAAGUUGAGGUAAUUUCUCUUAUUGACAGUAAUCUGUUCGGAACAGAAAAGAGUGGUCAUGGCCUAAGAACUCAUGGUCAUGUCCUUGGCAUGCUUAGAAGGUCCAAGAAUGGGAGACAGUCUCUUCAAGUUAUUUUGAGGAGUUGGACACGACCUACUAGGCUUCUAACGCUUACCCAAGUUAAGAGGUUGAAGUGCCUCCAAGGCUUUAAGUAGCAGCUGAACAUGUGAUCUUGUUAACCCUGGGAUGUUGCUGAGAAGUGACUCAGAUCACUGUGGCAAACGAUCCUGUCCUGUUCCAGCUGCUCCAGCAGCAAUAGCAUUAGGUCAUCCUUUAGGCAUAUGGUACAGAGCUCAUGCUACCAUCAAGACUUUAGAACAAGGACAGCUUGAACUGGCUAUCCUGCAUGGGACUGGUGUUGAGGACGGCUUGGUGUUUUGGACCAUCUGAUUCAUAAGUGUUUCCAGUUCCUACCUCCAUCCCUGACCCUACUCACAAAAACCACUCGAAGAGAAGGGGAGGAUACCAGAGAUAGUCAUGAGUUCUCACGAUGACUUGCUCUUUGGAUGUUUCCUCAUCUAGGUAGACUGAGGCUUUGGUUUUCCCCAGGAAAAGGUCCCUAAUGUGAGAGGGUAGACCCAGAUCAUGGAGGUGCUUCAGUGUGAUGGCUGUGACUUCAGAGCCCCAUCUUACGAGGAUCUCAAGGCACACAUUCAGGAUGUCCACACAGCUUUUCUACAGCCAACUGAUGUUGCCGAAGACAGUGCUAAUGAGCCACGAUCCGGGUCCAUGAAUGCUAGUAAUCAGACCGAGGUGGAGUUUUCUUCUAUAAAGGAUGAAUUUGCAAUUGCAGAGGAUUUAUCAGGUCAAAAUGCAACUGCAUUGGGGUCUGGAAGUUACUACGGCCACAGUCCAGGAUAUUAUGGUCAGCAUAUUGCCCCUAAUCCCAAACCAACAAACAAGUUUUUUCAAUGCAAGUUCUGUGUACGCUACUUCAGGUCAAAAAACCUCCUCAUUGAACACACUAGGAAGGUCCACGGGGCUCAAGCUGAAGGGAGUUCGACGGGACCCCCUGUUCCAGGAUCCUUAAAUUAUAAUAUCAUGAUGCAUGAGGGAUUUGGGAAAGUCUUCUCUUGUCAGUUUUGCACAUACAAGUCACCAAGGAGGGCUAGAAUAAUGAAACAUCAGAAGAUGUAUCACAAAAACAAUCUGAAGGAGAUCGCUGCUCCUCCUCCUGCCCCUGCUCCCAUGCCAGACCCUGUGGUCCCGCCCUUGUCCCUGCAGGACCCCUGCAAGGAACUGCCUGCAGAGGUUGUAGAGCGCAGCAUCUUAGAAUCUAUGGUCAAGCCUUUGACCAAGUCUCGAGGCAACUUUUGCUGUGAGUGGUGUACCUACCAGACCCCCCGCCGAGAACGCUGGUGUGACCACAUGAUGAAAAAACACCGCAGUAUGGUCAAGAUCCUUUCCAGUCUCAGACAGCAGCAGGAAGGAACAAAUCUACCUGAUGUGCAGAACAAGAACGCCCCCAGCCCCACCUCCAACUCCAGCUAUCUGUCCAUGAAUGCUGCAAGCCGGGAAAUACCCAAUGCGAAUGUCUCCAACUUCAGGGGCUCCAUCAGCAACUCCAUCAUGAGACCCAAUUCUUCAGCUUCCAAGUUUUCACCCAUGUCUUACCCUCAGAUGAAGCCGAAGUCACCUCACAAUUCUGGCCUUGUUAACUUGGCAGAGAGAUCCCGUUAUGGAAUGGCUGACAUGACCAAUUCUUCUGCCGACCUAGAAACUAACAGCAUGCUGAAUGACUCUAGUUCUGAUGAAGAGCUAAAUGAAAUAGACAGUGAGAAUGGUUUAAAUGCUAUAGAUCACCAGACAUCAGGCAUGUCUGCAGAGCAGUUGAUGGGCUCGGAUGGCAACAAAUUAUUGGAGACCAAGGGGAUUCCCUUUAGAAGAUUUAUGAACAGGUUCCAGUGCCCUUUUUGUCCUUUCCUCACCAUGCAUCGACGUAGCAUCUCCCGUCACAUAGAAAACAUUCACUUAUCUGGAAAGACAGCUGUCUACAAAUGUGACGAAUGUCCGUUUACUUGCAAGAGCUCAUUGAAACUGGGGGCUCACAAACAGUGUCACACGGGUACAACGUCCGAUUGGGAUGCUGUGAACUCCCAGAGUGAAAGCAUUUCUUCCUCAUUGAAUGAAGGUGUGGUGUCUUAUGAGAGUUCAAGCAUCAACGGUAGGAAGUCAGGAGUCAUGUUGGAUCCCUUGCAGCAGCAACAGCCGCCGCCGCCGCCGCCGCCGCCACCACCACCUCCGUCACAGCCUCAGCCGCCACAGCUACAGCCACCACAUCAGUUGCCACCCCAGCCCCAACCCCCACCGACGCAGCAGCCACAGCCCUCUGUGCAAGCCCCACCUCUGCACCCUUACAAAUGCACCAUGUGUAAUUACUCCACCACAACUCUGAAAGGGCUAAGAGUCCAUCAGCAGCACAAACAUUCGUUCUGCGACAACUUGCCAAAAUUUGAGGGACAGCCCUCCAGCCUACCAUUGGAAAGUGAGACAGACAGCCACCUCUCUUCCAGCAACACUGUGAAGAAAAGUCAGACCUCAAUUCUUGGGUUGUCCUCCAAGAACAAUUUUGUAGCUAAGGCCUCUAGGAAGCUUGCUAAUGACUUUCCUCUCGAUUUAUCACCCGUGAAGAAGAGGACUAGGAUUGACGAGAUCGCAAGCAACCUGCAGAGCAAAAUUAACCAAACCAAACAGCAGGAAGAUGCGGUGAUCAAUGUUGAGGAUGAUGAGGAGGAAGAGGAAGACAAUGAAGUGGAGAUAGAGGUUGAGUUGGACCGGGAAGAAGAGCCAAUAGAGCCAGUCAUGGAGGUGCCCACUCCCUUUGCAGCCCAACAAAUUUGGGUGAGAGAUGCCGGUGAGCCCCAGAAGGAGCCCAACUUCAGAAGUGUCACCCACGAUUACAACGCCACCAAUGGGGCUGAGAUUGAACUAACUCUUUCUGAAGAUGAAGAGGAUUAUUAUGGCUCCUCGACAAACUUGAAAGAUCACCAAGUUCCCAAUACUGCUCUGCUGAACACACAGACUCCUAUCUAUGGAACUGAGCACAAUAGUGAAAAUACAGACUUUAGUGACUCUGGAAGGCUUUAUUAUUGCAAACACUGUGACUUUAACAACAAAUCUGCCCGGAGUGUCAGCACCCACUAUCAACGAAUGCACCCAUACAUUAAAUUCAGCUUUAGAUACAUCUUGGACCCCAACGAUCACAGUGCGGUGUACAGGUGCCUGGAAUGCUACAUCGAUUACACCAACUUCGAAGAUCUUCAGCAGCAUUAUGGUGAACACCACCCAGAAGCCAUGAAUGUCCUCAACUUUGACCAUUCGGACCUGAUCUACCGUUGUCGGUUUUGUUCCUACACAAGCCCGAAUGUUAGAAGCCUGAUGCCACACUACCAAAGAAUGCAUCCCACAGUGAAGAUUAACAAUGCGAUGAUAUUUUCAAGCUAUGUCGUGGAGCAGCAGGAAGGGCUGAACACGGAAUCCCAGACGCUGAGGGAGAUUUUGAAUUCGGCACCUAAGAACAUGGUGACGUCCACUCCCGUGUCUCAUAGUGGCGGUAUGCCAGCUGCGUUUAAUAAAAACACUCCUUCAAAGACCUUUACUCCAGAAUGUGAAAAUCAGAAGGACCCCUCUGUUAACACCGUGGUUGUUUACGACUGUGAUGUUUGCUCAUUCGCAAGCCCCAACAUGCAUUCUGUCUUGGUUCAUUAUCAGAAGAAACACCCUGAAGAAAAGGCUUCCUACUUUAGGAUCCAGAAAACCAUGCGAAUGGUGUCUGUGGACAGGGGCUCUGCCCUUUCUCAAUUAUCAUUUGAGGUGGGUGCUCCAAUGUCUCCCAAAAUGUCCAACAUGGGUUCCCCACCCCCCCCACAACCCCCGCCACCAGACCUCAGUACUGAGCUUUACUACUGCAAACACUGUUCCUACAGCAAUCGGUCAGUUGUGGGAGUGCUUGUCCACUACCAGAAAAGACACCCAGAAAUAAAGGUUACUGCCAAAUAUAUCAGACAGGCUCCUCCCACAGCUGCAAUGAUGAGAGGGGUCGAGGGGCCGCAAGGCUCCCCCCGGCCACCCGCCCCCAUGCAACAGCUGAACCGAAGCAGCUCCGAGAGAGAUGGCCCCCCUGUGGAGAAUGAGAUGUUCUUUUGCCAGCACUGUGAUUAUGGGAACCGGACGGUCAAAGGGGUACUCAUUCAUUAUCAGAAGAAGCAUCGGGACUUCAAGGCCAAUGCAGAUGUGAUCCGGCAGCACACAGCCACCAUCCGAAGCCUCUGUGACCGUAACCAGAAGAAACCUGCCAGUUGCGUGCUUGUCUCCCCCUCUAAUGUGGAGAGGGACAAAACUAAACUGCGAGCACUCAAAUGUAGGCAGUGCUCGUAUACCUCCCCCUACUUCUAUGCACUGAGGAAGCAUACCAAGAAAGACCACCCUGCCCUGAAGGCCACGGUCACGUCCAUUAUGCGGUGGGCAUUUCUAGAUGGCUUGAUAGAAGCUGGCUACCACUGCGAGUGGUGCAUCUAUUCCCACACAGAGCCCAGUGGCUUGCUCCUGCAUUACCAAAGGAGGCACCCAGAGCAUUAUGUUGACUAUACCUACAUGGCUACCAAACUCUGGGCUGGGCCAGACCCGUCCCCUUCCUCUCUCAUGAUGCCAGCAGAAGCCAAAACAUACAGGUGCCGAGACUGUGUUUUUGAAGCAGUCUCCAUCUGGGACAUCACCAAUCACUACCAAGCAUUCCACCCGUGGGCCAUGAAUGGUGAUGAGUCAGUGCUGCUGGAUAUCAUCAAGGAGAAAGACGCUGUUGAGAACCCCAUCCCUUCGUCUGAAGAGUUGGUGGGCCCUGUGAAUUGUGAAAACAGUAUGUCCACUCCACUUCCCGAUCAGGAAGCAGAAUGUCCCGAGGAUGCAAGGCUUUCCCCAGAGAAAAGCAUCCAGCUCACUUCGGCCAACCCCGCAAUCUCCUCCACCCCAUACCAGUGCACGGUGUGCCAGUCUGAGUAUAACAACCUGCAUGGCCUUCUUACCCAUUAUGGGAAGAAGCACCCUGGCAUGAAAGUGAAGGCUGCUGACUUUGCCCAGGACAUCGACAUCAACCCAGGCGCUGUCUACAAGUGCAGGCACUGCCCUUAUAUCAACACCCGUAUCCACGGCGUCCUGACCCACUACCAGAAGCGACACCCGUCCAUCAAGGUGACCGCCGAGGACUUUGUGCAUGACGUGGAACAAUCUGCCGACAUAGCCCAGAACGACGUGGAAGAGACGAGCAGGAUCUUCAAGCAAGGGUAUGGCGCCUACCGCUGCAAACUAUGUCCGUACACACAUGGCACUUUGGAGAAGCUUAAAAUCCACUAUGAGAAGUACCACAAUCAGCCCGAAUUUGAUGUCUUUUCCCAGUCGCCCCCGAAGCUGCCAGUCUCCCUCGAGCCCGAGAUAACCACUGAAGUGAGCCCCUCCCAAAUCUCCAUCACCGAGGAGGAGGUGGGAGAGGAGCCUGUGUCCACUUCUCACUUCUCUACCUCGCACUUGGUCUCCCACACUGUGUUUCGGUGCCAGCUCUGCAAGUACUUCUGCUCCACAAGGAAGGGCAUCGCCAGGCACUACCGCAUCAAGCACAACAAUGUCCGAGCCCAGCCCGAGGGCAAGAACAACCUCUUCAAGUGUGCCCUGUGUGCCUACACCAACCCAAUCCGCAAAGGGCUGGCGGCCCACUACCAGAAGCGCCACGAUAUUGAUGCAUAUUACACCCACUGCCUGGCAGCCUCCAGGACCAUCAGCGACAAGCCCAACAAGGUCAUCAUCCCGUCCCCACCCAAGGACGACUCCCCCCAGCUCAGUGAGGAACUCCGGCGAGCAGUGGAGAAGAAAAAGUGCUCCCUGUGCUCCUUCCAGUCCUUCAGCAAGAAGGGCAUCGUGUCCCAUUACAUGAAGCGCCACCCAGGGGUGUUUCCCAAGAAGCAGCACGCCAGCAAGCUGGGGGGCUACUUCACCGCCGUCUAUGCCGACGAGCAUGAGAAGCCGAUGCUGCUGGAAGAAGAGGAGAGAGGCAGCUUUGAGAAAGCUGAGUUGGAAGGAGGUGAAGCUCAGGAAAUCGAGUGGCUCCCAUUCCGCUGCAUCAAAUGCUUCAAGCUCUCCUUCAGCACAGCUGAGCUGCUGUGCAUGCAUUACACUGACCACCACAGCCGGGACCUGAAGAGGGACUUUGUCAUCCUGGGCAACGGCCCCCGCUUGCAGAACUCCGCCUACCAGUGUAAGCAUUGUGAUAGCAAACUGCAAAGCACAGCGGAGCUGACCUCACACUUGAACGUUCACAAUGAGGAAUUCCAGAAGCGUGCCAAACGUCAGGAGAGGAGGAAACAGCUUUUGAGCAAGCAGAAAUAUGCAGAUGGUGCUUUUGCAGAUUUCAAACAAGAGAGGCCUUUUGGUCACUUAGAAGAGGUGCCAAAGAUCAAGGAGAGGAAGGUGGUGGGCUACAAGUGUAAAUUCUGUGUAGAAGUGCACCCGACGCUCCGAGCCAUCUGCAAUCACCUCCGAAAGCACGUCCAGUACGGCAGCGUCCCCGCCGUGUCCUCCGUGAAGCAGGAGGCUGAAGACCCUUCCCACUUGUUCCUGGAUGGAUUGGAAGCAGCUAAAGAUGCCAGUGGCGCCUUGGUGGACCGGGUGGAUGGUGAACACUGCUUGCUUGAUGGAAUGUUGGAGGAUGAAACCCGGCCGGGGGGAUACCAUUGUAGUCAAUGUGACCGAGUCCUGAUGUCCAUGCAGGGGCUGCGUUCUCAUGAGAGGAGCCAUCUGGCCCUGGCCAUGUUUACCCGCGAGGACAAGUACAGCUGCCAGUAUUGCUCCUUUGUUUCUGCUUUCAGGCACAAUUUGGAUCGCCAUAUGCAAACCCACCACGGACACCAUAAACCAUUCCGAUGCAAACUCUGCUCCUUCAAGUCCUCCUAUAACAGCCGGCUGAAAACACAUAUACUCAAAGCUCAUGCUGGUGAACAUGCCUACAAGUGUUCUUGGUGCUCAUUUUCCACCAUGACAAUCAGCCAGUUAAAGGAACACUCCCUCAAGGUCCACGGAAAAGCCCUGACCCUCCCCAGGCCACGAAUUGUCAGUCUUCUCUCCUCACACUCCCACCACUCCUCCCAAAAAGCUACCCCAGCAGAAGAAGUGGAAGACUCCAAUGACUCGUCCUACUCAGAGCCUCCAGAUGUUCAGCAGCAGUUGAACCACUACCAGUCUGCUGCUCUGGCGAGGAACAACAGCCGUGUUAGCCCUGUGCCUCUGUCUGGAGCUGCUGGGGGUGCUGAGCAGAAAACCGAAGCUGUUCUUCAUUGCGAAUUCUGUGAAUUCUCCUCUGGCUACAUCCAGAGCAUCAGGCGCCAUUACAGGGACAAGCAUGGCGGGAAGAAGCUCUUCAAGUGCAAAGACUGCUCUUUUUACACAGGCUUUAAAUCUGCUUUUACUAUGCACGUGGAAGCUGGGCAUUCAGCAGUACCGGAGGAGGGCCCCAAAGACCUUCGCUGUCCUCUCUGCCUCUAUCACACCAAAUACAAACGCAACAUGAUUGACCACAUCGUGCUGCACCGAGAAGAGCGAGUUGUCCCCAUUGAAGUGUGCCGUUCCAAACUGUCAAAAUACUUGCAGGGAGUAGUUUUCCGCUGUGAUAAGUGUACCUUCACCUGCUCCAGUGAUGAGAGCCUCCAGCAACACAUAGAAAAGCACAAUGAACUGAAACCUUACAAAUGCCAGCUCUGCUACUAUGAGACCAAGCACACAGAGGAACUGGACAGCCACCUUCGGGACGAGCAUAAGGUGAGCCGUAACUUCGAGCUGGUUGGACGGGUUAACUUGGAUCAGCUGGAGCAGAUGAAGGAAAAGCUGGAGAGCUCCAGCAGCGAUGACGAGGACAAGGAAGAAGAAAUGAACAGCAAGGCUGAUGACAGAGAUCUGAUGAGAUUUUCUGACCAUGGGGCUGCUAUCAACACUCAGAAGCGUUUUCCAUGUGAAUUUUGUGGACGGGCAUUUUCACAGGGCUCUGAGUGGGAAAGGCACGUGCUGAGACACGGCAUGGCGUUGAAUGACACCAAGCAGGUUAGCAGAGAAGAAAUCCACCUAAAAGAGAGUGUGCAGGACAGUAUUAAGAUGCCCUCUAUAGAGGAAAAGGAAGAUGAUGAGGCAAUCGGGAUAGACUUUUCAUUAAAGAAUGAGACAGUAGCCAUCUGUGUAGUAGCUGCUGACAAAUCUCUCCUGGAGAAUACAGAGGCCAAAAACGAAUAAGCGUUUGGUGAAAUUCUUAAUUACACCUUACUUGAACCAUGAUGAAAAGUGGGCGGGCCAGCUUGGGCUGAGAAGUGGGGGACAGAAACGAGAAGACAGAACAAAGCUGCUUUUUAGGACUGAACAAUCUAUUUUCAAAGCACUGGUACCUGUGUGAGUGAGUAUGUAAAUUAAAGUUAUUUAAAUGGUUGGAAUAUGUGGCUCCUUUUCCAUCACUACAUCUUUUCUUCCGGAUCUUCAUCAUGGAAGUUUGAUUUGUUGCAGAAUACGGAAGCACCUCCCAUGCGCACGGUGCGCUCUGUGGUGGUCUUGGACAGUAUGUGGAAACGGAAGCUCCGUGACAGUAGAAGACUUCUUAGGGGAACAACUUUUCAACGCACAACUUUCAGUGCGUUUUUCUAGUUUUAAUACCUUAAGCUUUUUCAAGACCUAACUGCAGCCGCUUUGGGAAAAAACAAAAAACAAAAAAACAAAAAACAGAAAACAAAAAAACUGCUUUGCAUAAAACAGUCACCUGUUUCCUAGUACCUCAAACUUAACCAAGGGAAUUCUCUGCAUUUGUCAGUACUACCUGUCGUCGUCGUGGUUAAAUGUAGAGAGAACUGCUGGGCAAGAUGGUGAAUGGAGAAAAAAAAAGAGUUUUAAAGAAAGGAACACAAAUUGUGCUUAAAAUCCCCAUGUGGGUUUUAUUUCUUAAAAUACUGUGAUUUUUUUAAUUAUUUUAGUAAAAAACAAAACAAAAAAAAGAAACAGACUUUAAUUAUUAGAUAACUGUUUGUGAAUUGUCAUCCUUUAUUCCAGGUAAGCUGUUUAUUAGUGUUCAACUAUAAUUUAGAAUUUGCUAGAUUCAUAUGAGCUAAUUUUAAGGUGACUGUGGAGUUUUGUUUGCCACAUGUUCAUUUUCUAUCAGUUUGAGUGUUACAAACACAGCACAAUUCAGUUUUUCAUAUAAAAUUUUUUUGUGUGUGUGUUGUUAUUGUUGUUUUAAUUUGGGGGCAAGGGAGAUUUAGUUUUUUGUGAAUAGGAAUGUUUUUAUUUUAAACAUGGAAAUAACAAAGAAGUUAACUUUCUUUUUUUUUUUUUAAUUUAACUAAAGAACCAAACUUUUCGGCACAGCUAUGCAGCUUGUGGGCCAGACGAGGAAGUCCUCUUCACCCUUUUGUUGCUUGUCAAAAACACAUUCUCCGUCUCACACAAAUCAUUUCUGUUAGGAGGGGCUGGCUUUUGUGUGUGAUUUAAAAUCUGUGUUUUGUUUUUGUUUGCAUUGUGUUUUGGGGGAUAAGGGGAUCCCAUCCCUUUUGGUGUGAGUGGACAAGAAAUACUUACAUCCUACAAGGAGCCUGGAGAACUGCUUUUUUUCUGUUUGUUUAACUCUAGCUGCCAGCUGCUCUGUUUCCCCACCUUAGCUUUUUCAGGAGGGAGCAGCUUAGACGAAAUCUAAGUCUACGUUUAUAAUAUGUUCUGAUUGUGAACAGAGAGUUUUCGUUCCAAAAAGUAGAAAAGAACUUUCCUUGAAGCCUAGGUUUUAGAAGCCUGUGUGCUUGUGUGCUUGAAUGUGUGUGUUCUCGUGUGGGCAUGUGUGGGUGUGUGUGGGAGUGUGA